AAGACAGGUUUUCAGUUGCUGUGGCAGCUUUCAAUUGGCCACUGGAUCAAAGAGCCGAAGACAUCGUAGCAGCAGUGAACCCAGACUUCUUUCAAAACCUCCCUUGGGAGUUGAGUUGAGACUUACACACAAAAACCCAGAGAAAAAGUUCGACAGAGAUGGACAUGGAACUUUUUCGUACAAGAAAAAGAGAACCAAUGAAUUCUCUAUCUGUAUUCACUCAUUCUGAGAUUAUGGAAAUGGAAAAUUUAAUUAAGCACCCACGACAACAGUCGCUUAGUCAGGAGUUUUUCCAAGAUCUUGCAACGAGUUUCAGUUGCACUCCAAUCCGUGCUGGAAAACCUGAUAUAACUUGGGAACAGGUUCAAAGUUGGUUCCAGAACAAACAAAAAGAGUUGCAAGCCAAUAGCAAUUCCUCACCUACUGCGCUCGAGUUAUUUGUUGAUCUUUCAGAUUCAAAUGUUUCAAGCAAUGCAACUGAAAACUCUCAGAAGCCAAAAGGUAAAUGGAUCACAGAACUCCACGAGUUAGCAUUUGAAGCACGAUCAGCAAAAGACGAUGCAUGGUAUGAUGUUGCUUCAUUCCUCUCUUACAGAGUUGUUAAUUCAGGAGAACUUGAAGUUCGGGUGCGAUAUUCUGGCUUCGGUAGGGAGGAUGAUGAGUGGGUGAAUGUGACAAGAGCAGUGCGUGAGCGGUCUAUUCCUUUAGAAGCCUCUGAGUGUCAUAAGGUGAAGGUUGGGGACCUAGUGCUAAGCUUCCAGGAAAGGGAACAUCAAGCUGUCUACUGUGAUGCCCAUGUUGUGGAUAUCCAAAGGGGGCUACACGCCGUAACAGGCUGCAAGUGCAUCUUUGUUGUUCGAUUUGACCAUGAUAACACCGAGGAAGAAAUUCAGCUGGGGAGGUUAUGUAUCAGGCCUGCACAAAACACUUCAGCUGUUACUAAUACCCAGCAACACGACCUAUUUAGAAAUAAAGACAUGAAAUUCUCUUUUCUUUAUUGAAAUGUAGCACCGGAGAUGUUUGUAAAUUUUUUGAGAGUUCAAUUUUACUUGACGUCAGAAUUA